CAAAAAACUUCCAAAGAACUCAUGUAGACGCGUAUCUUAUCGUCCAAACAGAUAAACAGUGACAGGAAAAGGAUCGAACUGUGGGUUAUACUUCAUAAUUGAAACCAAGCCAUGUGUUAUAGUUACAAGACAACUGGAAAUGCAUUUAUGUUUUUCAGCUACAAAACACACCAAUUUUUUCUGAAAAAUCUCACUUUCCACACCUCUUUGAUCACCUUUUUCUCUCAAAAAACAAAAAUCAACAUCACCUUUUUCUUCCCUUAAGCUCUUCCCACAUUUCCUCUGUUACACAUAUCUGAUAAGAAAGAAAGAAAGAAGCACAUUGGUGAUCAUGAACCUGAUCACCAAAAAAAUAAAUAAAUAAAUAAAUAAAACACAUACACACACACACACACACACACACACACACACACACACACACACACACACUUAAGCUAAUCAGUAAUAGUAUAGUGCGAGCUAGAAGGUUCUGUUACCAAAAAAGUGUGAUAAGCCUAAUCCUCAACCAAACAGAGUGCUCUGUUUUCAGAAGAUCUUGAAAAAAGUUAAAUGGCGGGUCAGCUUUCAAGUCUUUCUUGCCUAUAAAAGGAUCCACCUUCUGUGGUUUCAUUCAGAGCAAACAAGUCCUUCUUAAUUACAUUUCCUGCAUUAUUGCAAAAGCUUUAGUAUAGCUCCUCAGUAUUGUUAGUAGUCAAAAUCAUUUACCAUUUUGAGAAAACAACCCUGAAAUUAACUUCUUGAUUGGUUUUGAAUAUGUCGAAAGAGGGGAAGAUGGGAUGGAGCCUUUCUCCAGAUGUUGUCAACUACAAAGGGAUGCCUGCUGACAGAAGUCAAACUGGUGGUUGGGUUCCUGCCGCACUUAUCUUAGGAAUUGAAGUUGUUGAGAGGCUUUCAACUCUGGGAAUCUCAGUGAACCUGGUAACUUACUUGGGUGCAACCAUGCAUCUCCCAAGUGCAGCUUCAGCCAACAUUGUGACAGAUUACUUGGGAACUUCAUUUAUGCUUUGUCUGCUUGGGGGAUUUCUUGCUGAUGCAUUUCUUGGCAGAUACAAAACCAUUGCUGUUUUCACCAUAAUUCAGAUCAUUGGAACCGGUGUGUUGGCGAUAACAACAAAACUUCCUGAGCUGCGACCGCCUCCCUGUGGUGCUAAUGGUGACUGUAAACCAGCCAAUGGGUUUCAAAUGGGAAUUCUUUACAUUGCUUUGUACCUUAUAGCAUUAGGCACUGGAGGGCUAAAAUCAAGUGUUUCAGGAUUUGGAACUGAUCAAUUUGAUGAAAAAGAUGAAAGGGAAAAUGCACAGAUGAAGUAUUUCUUCGGCAGGUUCUUUUUCUUCAUCAGCCUUGGAACACUGACAGGAGUUACUGUCCUUGUGUACCUUGAAGAUCAUGUGAGCCGAAGCUUGGCUUAUGGGAUUUGUACUGUGUCAAUGACAAUUGCUGUGAUGAUCUUCUUUUCGGGGACGAAGAAAUACAGGUACAAGAAAAGCAUGGGAAGCCCCAUAGUUCAGAUUUUCCAGGUCAUUGCUGCUGCUAUUAGGAAGAGAAAGCUGGAUGUUCCUAAUGAUAUUGGCUUAUUAUAUGAGACUACACUUGAACCGGCUAGAAUCCCUCACACUGAUCAGUUCCGUUUCUUGGACAAGGCUGCAAUCGUGGAAAAAGAAGAUUUUGGGAGCAAAGUUCUUCAAGCUCCAAAUCCUUGGAAGCUAUGCACAGUCACAAGGGUUGAGGAAGUGAAAAUGAUGGCCAAAUUACUUCCAAUUUGGGCUACAACAAUCAUUUUCUGGACUGCUUAUGCACAAAUGAUCACCUUUUCUGUCCAACAAGCUUCCACCAUGCACAGAACCGUCGGCAACUUCCUGAUCCCCGCAGGAUCCCUCACUGUAUUUUUCGUUUUAGCCAUUUUGAUCACCUUGGGCAUUUAUGACCGUCUGAUCAUGCCAAUGUGGAAGAAAUGGAAAGGAAAACCAGGUUUCAGCAACCUUCAGCAAAUGGGAAUUGGUCUUGCACUCUCCACAUUCGGGAUGGCAACUGCAGCUUUAGUUGAGAUGAAAAGAUUGUCGGUAGCAAAAUCUGCAGGGCGCAGUAUCUCUACUCUGCCCAUAAGUGUGUUCUACUUGAUCCCCCAAUUUUUCUUGGUUGGUUCAGCAGAAGCAUUCAUAUACACAGGACAACUGGAUUUCUUCAUCACUAAUGCACCAAAAGGGAUGAAAUCAAUGAGCACCGGUCUCUUCUUAACAACAAUAUCACUCGGUUUCUUCUUCAGUAGCCUUCUCGUCUCCAUUGUUAAAAACGUGACCGGAACUAGUGAUGGUCAAGGAUGGCUCGCUGACAAUAUCAACUACGGAAGGCUUGAUCUUUUCUAUGCGCUUCUCGCCAUCCUAGGAGUCAUAAACUUCGCUCUGUAUAUGAUUUGUGCAGUUUUCUUUAAGUCCAACAAACCCAUUGAAACAGAUCCCGCAGUGAAUGGUGGCACUGCUGAGGAGAAAUGCUAGUGUAUUUCAGUCGGUUUAAUCCCCUGCAACACUUCUACUGUUGCAGAUGUUUGAGCAUUGUCUGAAUUCAUCCAUUUUGUUACAACGUUUACAUUUGCGAGCUGCUGCAUGGUUUCAUUGUAAAAUAUUCUUUCCUUAGCAAGCUUUGAAAUACCAUGAUUGUGAAAUUUAAAGUUAAUUGACGCUCUCCUACAGGGUUUAACUUCUCUGUUUACAGCAUUCUGGGCUCUAAAUAAUCUCUUCAUUCUCUUGCAUAUCAAUUUAGAUAAGUCCCACAAUUGAAUAGUUGGGGUCCUUGGGGAAGAUCGUGAUCAUCUUCUUGCUUAGUCCUUUACAGAUUGCGUGCCUUGGCUUUUACUAAUGCUUCAGCUAAAAUUAAGCUUAAAGAAUCACAUGACACUUGCUCACACAAAAAAUGCUUGUUAGGUCUACAAGAUUUAUAAGAAACUUAAAGCUUCAAUAGACGAUAACUGGGAGCUUUCCAGAUGUCAUGACAUCAGUCCUUGCACACGCAAAGAUUCACUUCCAUUACAUUGGGAAACAUUCCAAACGUAAGAGUAUCCUAGGGCCUUCAAUGCGAUUCAUAUGAGCAUAUGUAAAAAUGAAUGAAUCAAAGAUCAGCUGAGUUUUCCCAGAUCGGCUUAGAGUUUUGCUGUAGAAAACAUUGACACCAAAAGUGCAACUACAUGCUGAUAUUUAAGCAAGGUUAGCAAUGGUUUUGAGGGCGCCAGCAGUAUGAUAAAGCGUCAAAAUCUAUAUUAAUAUAGAAUACUAGGAACUCCACUCUAAACAACAAUUUUACUCCUCCACAAUCUAAACAGAACAAGUUUGUUGACUCCAACUAGUGAUAAAUGCAGAGUCCUUCAAGAAGUAAACUAAUUUCCAUAGAACUACACCGAAGUUGUAAAGUGUUCACAUGCUAUCCUAAAUAGAUGAACUUUUCCAGUGAAACACUACUAUAGAAAUCAGAUGGACAAUCAGAACCCUGACUAGAGAACUGAAAUAAAUAUCCUGAAAACUUCCGAAAUUUAUCACACAGAUCUCAACGCCAACUGAGUCAAGAACUUAAAUUCGAGCAUACAUCUGCUAAGAAGUGGCAUCAUUGCCAUACGAUAUCAACCAUAAACACCAUCACAAACCAGCAAAUUGACUACAAUCUCGUACAUUCUGCCAUCGAUUGAAGGGAAAUCAAAUUUAACUCUUUGGACAGAUUCAGUCAUACAUCACAACUUAACAACAUUCCUAAAUCAAUGAGAAAGAAAAAUGCUGCACUCUAAUGUUACCUAAGAAAUAUCGUCCUGGCAGAGAACACCAUCGAUUACCAACUAAACAAAUUUCAUAAAUAAUAAUGAAUCAAAGAAGCAUCCAAAAUUCUAAAGAGGAAAAAGUUCUGAAAUAUUGAUAUUAGAAGCUAAAAGAUAAAGAGCCUCAAGUCACUCUCAAGUCACAUUCAUGAUUUGGCAAUUUGAGAAUGAACACCAACCUCAUAUCACCAACACUAAAUGUGCUGAACCCCAAUAUUAACUAACAACAAAACUCAGGAAGCGUAGCAGGGAAUGAUGCGAAAUAAUCUCCUACUAAACAUGAAAGGAUGACAAAUCUAACCAAGUCCCCUGCUUUCUUAUCUUUUCUACUUAUCCUGCCUAUGGGAAACAAGUAAAAUUAGUCCUGUGAGUCCUCCUUCUUAUUCAAGUAACCUUCAGUGCCUUCUCUCUCCUCAAGCAACCGGCCGGAUUCUUCAUCAGCCUGGGCCACCUUCUUCUGUGCUUCUUCAGCUUCCUUGGCCUUAACCAUAUUCUGAUAUUUGACAUAAUUAUAGUAACAGACACCCAAGAAAGCCAAUGCGUAGCCCAACAAAUUCGUAGACGUCACGGCAUCCUUAAUCACAGACCAGGAGAAGGCAAUCAACAACCAAUCCUUAACCACCCCAGCCACAUUCAUGGUCAAAGCAGACAGCUUCCCAACAAUCAAAAACACGGCCAGAUUCAAGGCAAAUGCACAGAACGAAUUGGUCCCAAACACAAGAAAAUCAAGAUGGAAACUCGAAGUCUCCUUCAACACAGGGUACUCCACAACAAUCCAUGGGACAGACAAGAAGAUCAAACAGCAAGGCGCAACAUAAUAAAGGGAGGUGAUUGGAUUCAAGCUAAUACCCUUUGAGGUCAACAAAACCUGGAUCAUAACAAGCCUGGUGGCCUCAAAAACAACAGCACCCAGCUGCAAAAUCACACCCCAAACAUCGAAUUUGGACUCGCCGUAAGCAGCAAUGGCGACCCCAAUAGAGAUCGAGACCAUAUUAGCCAUAACAUUGUUCUUAUAGUUCUCUUUCUUAAAAAGGAUCCCAAUGGAAUAAACAGCAACGGGCAUCAAAGCCUUAAGCAUUUGAAUGAAAGAAACGGAUAAAUAAAUGUAAGCAGAAUUAGAAAGCCAUAAUGAUACCGCGUAAAGGAACCCAAUUGGGACCACGGAUUUGAAGUAGAGAUCCCAGGACAUGGAAACGGGCUCAACCAAUUUAAACACCCGGACAAGGAGGUAGGCUAGGGAGGAGCAGAAAGCCAUGUGGAUCAUGGUGAGUGAAAUCGGGUAGGGCCAAUUGUACAUCUUGCGAUCCAAGAUGAACUUGUUGUACACAAUCACACUGAAUGAUAAUGCGAUCCAGAUCGUUACGUACAGGUAUGACAGGAAAAUCCUCUGCAGGACACUGUCGCUCGGCGCCGCCCCUCCUUUGCCCAUUUUUUCACCCCCAGAAAUCAGCCCAGAUCAAUGAAUGAAUCAAUCGAAAAUCCGGUUCGUUAAUUGAGGUGGGAUUUUGGUUUAGUGAAGCAGGGGGGAGGAAUUGGAACGGAAAACAGAGGAGGCGUUACAGUAGAAGAACAAAGUGAAGGGUGGUGUGAAGAGAGUGUGUGAGAAGAAGAAGAAGAAGGCGAAAUAUGUAUUGAUUGAAAGAGUCCGAAAGCAAGGAGAGUGCGUGACUGCGUGAUUUUUGUGUUUAGGGGAAAGCUUUGACUCGGUUUUUUAAUAUAUCUUAUUUAGUGGGUUAAACUAAUCCAAUUAAUUACGGUGUGAUUUAGAAAAAAGUUUGAGAUUUGUUGAAUUUAUUUUGUAUUUUGAUUUUUUUUAUUUAUUUCCUAAAUUAAGUUGUACUCCCG